CCUCUUUACCUAAAUGUAUAAAAACUGCUUUUGGGACAUAUUUAGAGUCCUUCUAAGAAGCUCAGGGUUAUAUUUUUUUUGGUUUUUAAGUAAACAAUGGCUCCAAUACAGUGGAUACUGAUCAUCCUGAGUGUCUUUGCUCUUUCUCUGGAUGCAGCUGAAUGGCACUACUCGGGAGAACACGGAAUAUACGAAUGGCCAAAUGAAUUUGAACAGUGUGGGGAGGUGCGCCAGUCCCCGAUCGAUUUUCCGAAAGUGGAAGACAUGACCUACUCUAAAAUGACGCCAAUAGAGUUUCACGGCUUUGAUGACCCCACCAAAUAUCGCUUAAAACUGGAAAACAACGGACACACAGUCAAGGUAAGCAUUGAGAGUGGUGACGUAUACAUAGAAGGCGGAGGACUUCCGGGAAGAUUUAAGACGGCGCAGUUCCACUUCCAUUGGGGCCAUAGUGGUGAUGAAGGAUCGGAACACACUUUUGAUGGCCACAAUUUCCCCAUGGAGCUUCACGUGGUCAAUUACAAUGAGAAGUAUGGUAAUAUUUCUAAUGCUGCAACACAAGACGGAGAUGGCUUAGCAGUUUUGGGUUUCUGGUAUCAGGUGUCGGACCAUGACAACUAUGCACUGGCCCCGCUUAUCAAUGAACUGAGCCAUGUCCCAGUAAAAGGAUCAAAAAUGGAUCUGACAAACGUGAACCUUGGUCUCCUGCUGCCAAUCCACAUGGAUGAAUACAAUCCUCAUUUUUACCGUUACUCCGGCAGUUUGACUACCCCUCCUUGCUUCCAAAGCGUUGUCUGGACAGUGUUUGACAAUAAAAUGCCGAUCUCAAGUGCGCAGUUACACAUGUUCCAAACCCUUCACGAGGAUAAGGAAAUAGAGGGUGACCAUUAUCUCAUUGACAACUAUCGCCCAACUCAGCCUCUGAAUGGAAGAAUUAUCUAUCGCAACUUUGAAGUGACGUCGACUGGACCUGUGGAACAACAGCAUCAACAAGCACAGCAAGAGGUUGCGAAACCGAAACGAAAGGCAAAAAUUAAUGUCCGUCUCCACUUAGAAGACUAAAUACUUUUAAUGUACUAUGCAUGAUUUUAUUUAAGCACUGUCUAGUAUUCCCCUUUCAUUUCAAUCCCUUUCUUGAUGUGUAAACGGGUGAUGGGCUCUUAAACGUUCAACUUCUCUCCUUCACAAAUUUUAGUAGGUUAUAUUUUGUAAUACAUUUGUACUUUUUAAAGAAUAAAAUUAUUAAACAGA